GACCAAUAAUUCCAAAACACAGGUAUCGCAUGUCUCCAUAUCCCGAGAAGUCUCUCAGAAGUUUGGAUUCGCCCAAAAUAAGAGCGUGAAAUUGACGAAGAUAGAUCCAGCAACUGUCCAUGCCAAUGCAUUAGAGAUCCACUUCCGGGACACUUACAUGUGUCGGAGAGAAAUGUACAGGAUCACCAGGCUUCUUGACAGCAAAACGGUCUACGUUGGACAAAAAGUAGCCGCUUAUCUUGCUUCUGGAGCAAUAAUCAAAGACAUCCAUGUCAAUGGCAGAUCAUGCACGGCUGCAGUGGUCACUCCGAAAACAAGGACAAUUUUUCGAUCACUGACUGCGCGCUGCAGUAUUUUCAUAUCCGUUUGCAGGGAAUUAUGGGAGUUUUCCUCUGAUGGAGAGCGCUAUUAUGAAAAGAUCGUCCAUUCAUUUUUCCCUGCGCUUAUUGCCAAAUGGCGCGAGUAUUCGUCAAAACACCUCACCUCUAUUGUUCUGUUCUCACGAGCCUUCUACGAAGAAGGGGAGCUGCAAUAUGCAGCAGGGCCACUGAAACAAGAUGACGAGGGGCGGUGGUACAAGGAUUUUUACAAAGUGGUCUUAGACUUAGAAGUCGUUCGUGACUGGAAGCCAGUGCUAGUCGACCUUAAAGAAAGCUUCUUCACCUUUCAGCGUGACAUUCUUUUCAACCACCAUUACCACCAGCACCAGCGCAAGAUUCUCCGUGCGUCGUUACCUCCGUCGGGACACUCUAACGCAUCUCCAAUGUCAAAGCCGCCCGCGCUUUCAUGUUCUCUCUCUGAGAAUUUUUCAGUCACUGGCAACGCAGAAUUCCCGGACCAUUGCCGUUUGGUGGGUUCCCUCUCGUAUGCAUACACAUCACCUCUACUUGAGGCCAUCAAUUUGUCCUUAACGCCGCAAACGACCUCUCAGGCAGAUCGCUCGUUGUCGCUUACCGGCCUUUCAACAAUAAUAAUAACCCCACCUUCAUCGUCCUCAGCCCCGUCCUCUUGUUCGUUCCGAGUGAAUCGAAAUAUGCUUAAAUUUACAACGGAGCGGCUCGUAGACGCUGGCCUCGCCGUGGAUUUAGUCACCCUGGGAAAGAAGCCGCCGGGGAGGGCUCCCAUUCUCGGCUGGAAGGCAAAAGAAGGUGAGGGGAGCCUCGGAUUCGGAAAGGGCAUAGACGCUGUUGGUGGCUUAAUUGGCGGCAUAGGCCCCGGUUUGCAUGCGGGGUUGGGCGUUUUAAGCAGUGACCAAGCAUUAGAAGACAACGAUGCUGACAUGAGAAUGUACUUCUGGGAGCCCUUCUGGAUGACGGUUUCGUUUUGGGACAUACAGGCAGAUCAACCUUUUCGCACAGACAGAUUCAUACCACUUGCCCGAAUGCCUGAAAUACAAAGCUUGGGAUUGCUUGAUCAUGGAGUUUCCAACACGAUCAAAAUUUCUAUUCCAUACACAUCUAACCCUACCGAAGGUAAUCCCGCCUAUCUACAUUGUGCAGGUUAUAAAGCCCCUUCACAUCCUGACGUUUCCUCGCUCGUCACUGGGCUAUGUGAAAGAAAAGCGGCUAGGGACCAGUUCGACAGGGAUGUUUUCGUGAAGAGAGCUCCAGUGGAUGUACCAACCAGAUCAUCCUUAACUCUGGCUCGCCAGUCUUCAUCAACUGUGGUGCCUGAUUGGAUGGACAAGCAGAUAGGGACCCCAAGUGACGGCACACGUCCUCAUUCGGUGAAAGUUGCAAAUGAUCCUGACGCAACUCAAAUUCGACCCAAUUCUAGCUCCGUCCCCCAAGCUGGGGAAACUUCGGAUACCUUGCCAAGUGAGCAGAACGUCCUUCGGGCAGAGUCGCUGUCAUUGGCUCCUUCCGCUAUCUCCCCAAAGUCCCUCAAGGAUAAAAUGGCUCUUCCUAUUAAUGAAAAUAAGAAUAACUCUCCCCAUGUGCCCUUCGAUCCAAUCUCGCCUGCACUUGAAACUACCGGCGGUCGGAUACAUGCCGAAGGCUUGUCGGAGGCCCACAAUAGCUCGAUCCGCCCUGCAGUGAACUCGACGAACAGGGGUUCAAAGCACAAAAGUCGCUCUCCCUCUAGGGAAUCUGUCCGAUCUGCGCUAUCAUCGGUGUCACACAUAUCCUCGACACCGUCCAAACGGCGGGCCACAAUGGUCAAGAUGACGCCAUCUCGCUUCUCAUCAGCCCCUGGCUCAUGGUUGCUCACGCACUUCCGUUCAGACAUCAGCGCACCACAAGCGAGCACCGUUUCGGCUAAUAAAGACAGGACCAUGCCCGUGCCGGCUUCAUCUCCGAAUCAGAGUGCGGCGCAAGAGGCGGAUCUCCCCACGGUCACCGAGACCUGCGAUAUUGGUCAUGCCAUUUCGCUUGAGACCGAGUCCACAGGCACCGCAUCGCUCAGCGAAGUGCGCAAGGAAGGUGCUUGGCCUUCGUCUAGCGUCCCACCUUUAAUUCAAGAUGGAUUACGUUUCGUUGGCCCGGCUUCAAACGUUCAAAAUGAGCACGGUAAUGAUCCCGCAGUUUCACGCACGAACCGAGGGCCAGAUCAUACGGAACCACAACCGUCUGGCCUCGGUCUAUCCACACUCCCGGGCUCAGUCACGCCCGAGACAGCCGCACGUCGCCCUUCAAUGUCCAACCGUCGUGCCUAUAGCCACACGAGGACACUCUCCUCAAUUGUCCGCGAAAAUGAGCAGCAUGUCCAAAGUAGCGGCUUUUUCCGCCGCAUGCCUAGACCAAAUUCGACCCAAAAUGUGGUGAAUGCGUCUCGACUCGGCGUUACCCUCCUGCCGUCCCAGAAAAUGAUGGCACGGCAGUGGCAGCAUGUUUUCCCAAGUCCGACGUUUACGCGUGACGUCAAAUGGAAGUCCAUGUGCGCACCUGCCUGCCUUCCUAUCACCACGGAGUACCAUCCUUCCAAAGCGGAUGUAAAUCAGAAUUUCAUUCAACACACAUAUGAUGUUUUCUUAGCGCGGGAAGCGUCAGGUUCAAUCCUUUUGCGAAAAGAUCCUUCACAGCCUAGCUCGGAAUGGCCUUUACUAGUGAUGAGAACGAUGGUACAUGCGCGGAUGAUUCAGGGCUUUCAGCUCAUAGUAGGCGAGCCGAAUAUUCGACAGAAAUACAUUCCUGAGGUUGAAGAGAUUAUGCUCAUGCCAGCCUCACUGCCCCUGGGAGUUGCUGAUUCGAUGAUUAACCUCAAUGAGGCCGUAUACGUCAGCAUGGGCGAUCAUGUACACAGAAUUACCUAUGAGGCGGAGGAGGACCUCAUUCGGGUGCGCCGCAUCAUGAGGAAAGCCAUCGAACCCGCUAUCAGGCUCAUUAAUUAUGACUGUCUUGUAUGGCCAAAACUUGGUGAAGGGUAUACAGAGGCGAGAGCGGUCUUCGCCACUUCAGAACUUGACACCUAUGGUUGGAACAGACUCGACCUAACUAUCACUGGUUAUCAGCGGGAGUUCAGCGAUGUCGUAAGACACUGUCAAACUCGAUAUCUAGUUAUUCCAUCGGAACACCCCCCUUCAGACAUGUAUGGAGAAUCGGGAGAAAGACUCAGCGAUGAAGAAUGCCGGCUUUUGGGCUCGGAUAGACUCGCGGAGCUUUUUGGCAAGGCCAGAUGGCUAGCGCAUGGAGAAACCUUGGAUCAAUUCACACCUCCACGUUUCUUGUACACUUGGUUGGAUCCGCCUUCAUCAGUCUUAGAUACAUCAUUGAUGGAAACCUUGGACGACCUCAAUGCCACCGCAGCCAUCGGCAGGCCACGCCAUGUGGACAGGUCUUUAGAGGGUAUGUCACUAAGUGCGAUUGCAAAAGCAAUGCGUGAGGAGAAAGGUUUAAUCAGAGAUCGGCAUUGGAACCGGAAAUUCUACCCAGAUAGUUUCACCGGCCACGAGUUCGUUAGUUGGGUCCUAACAACAUUUUGUGACUUUUCGACAAGGGAACAGGCCACAGAAUGGGGAGGGUCUUUGGUGGGGAAGGGUCUCUUCCACCACGUUCGAGAUAAACAUCCCUUGAUGGACGGCCAUUACUUCUACGUCUUCGGACAUGCAUAUGCUGCUGCUACUGCUCCACCGCCUUCGCGCUGGUUGUUCAAGUUAAAGAGGCCUUCUAAUGAGGAAAACGAUCCAUCGUCCGUCCCCGCGGCAGGGUCUCAGAAACCUUCUCGCAAGCGACACACUCUCAGCCAGACUAUGGUCAUUGAUGCGGACCAGUCGAAGCGAAGUCCGUUCGCUGAGAGUGUUGUUCUUCAUCAUGAUGUAAUCCAGAAUCCUGGAACCGCCUUCCACUUCGAGCUCCACUGGGUCACUACAUCGGCGCGAUGCAUCGAAGAUUUGUUGCAGCAUUGGUCCUGGGUGAUAGCCCGCCAUGGCUUGAGACUGGUGGAAGGCUAUGUAGAUCCCAUUGUGGAUAUUGGUACGAAGAACAUCUUCCAAUCAUGUUUUCCUAUACCACUUGCCCUCACCCCGCCCUCUGCCACUUCUCUCGAUCUACAUCUCCGCUUCGUUGAGGGGUCUUCUCUGAGGUGGUUUUUUGAAUACGCCAUCCUUCGUAAAUUCGGGUAUAUCCUUGAUGUCGAAGCAGGAUCUUCCUACUCAGAUACGGUCGAUGUGUGGUAUUCCUAUCGUAGAGCUUCAUUCAAGCAAUCUCAGUUCAUCCACAGAACAGGAUUAGCAUUCGUACAAGUGAUGGGUGGGGAAGCUGGAUUUCAAUGGAUAACGAACCGUCUCCUGGUCACAUCUUCCGCUGCGCAUGCUGGAAAGAACGCGUCGUAUUCGCAAGCGGACAAAACACCUCAUGAACGAGCGAAUGUACACCGAUUAGAGCUCCUGGCGUUUUGUUCGGACGUUCAGGCCCUUCGGGAUUUCUAUGACGAUGUGAUUUCCAAGCUACCUCCGAAAGGUCACGUAGUUGAGACCAUGUCCCAACCCGCGAGGCAUCUCAGUGCCCCGACCGAUGUUAUUUCUCUGGUGGGGGGACAUCUGAGUCUUAAAUCAGACAGUACGGUUCCCUCGUGAUUCUUUUAAGCGUGCGGAUAUGUAUUGAUGGUUCGCCACAUUAUAUCAAUGACGCGUUUUUUAUCGGACUUUCGUUUUUCGUAAAUUGUAGCUACACUUCAUGUUCAAAAAUGACCACUAAAUCAAAGCUCGAUGCAAGGCG